AUGGCAUGUUAUCCUCCCCGGCCCAGGAUUGAAUGCAGCCCUCGGCAUGUGCCAUCCCCAUCAAACGUGGGGGUCACUUGGCGGGGAUCAAUUGCGGGGGAUGGCCGCUACCCCGUGUUUUAGUGUCGCCCCGUUAGUCUCGAGCUUGAAGCUUAAAACACAUGCGGGUUGGCCGAGCGGAAAACGUGGGGGUGUUGGCUGACAACGGGUUAUUAUAUUGGGGAGCUGCCUUGCUCAACCUGUUUUGAACACUUUCUAGCCAACAAUCGAACAUCUUCCUGAAAUGGAGCCUGACAAGCCAGCCGUGAUCCACGAUGAAGGUGUGGACGUGGCCAAACCAACUACUAUCGAUGGGCUUCCGCAUACUCCAGUCCUGGUGACAGAGGAGGAUAGCAAGCGGAUCGCUCGCAAAACAGAUCGAACGAUCCUAGUGAUAUUGAUCUGGGUGUACUUCCUGCAGAUUCUUGACAAGUCAGUGUUAGGCUUUGGUGCGACAUAUGGCCUGGAAGAGGACACUCAUCUCACCGGGAACCAGUACUCGCUGGUCGGUUCAAUCGCCCCGAUCGCGCAGCUCGCAUGGCAGCCCUUCUCCUCCUGGCUGAUCGUGACCGUUCCGCCUCGCAUCCUGAUGCCUACAUUAGUGCUUGGAUGGGGCAUUGCGCAGACCUGCAUGGCAGCAUGCAGCAACUUUGGCGGGCUAAUGGCCACCCGCUUCUUCCUCGGCCUGUUCGAGGCUGGCUGCCUCCCACUAUUUAGUCUCCUCACCAGCCAGUGGUAUCGUCGUGCUGAGCAACCAAUCCGCGUAGCGGCAUGGUAUGGCACGAACGGCGUGGCGACCAUCAUCGCAGCGGUGCUAUCAUUCGGCCUCGGACACAUCAAGUCGGGAGUAAUGAAAGAGUGGCAAAUCAUUUUCCUCGUCGUCGGCCUCAUCACCGUCAUUUCUAGCCCAUUCGUCUACUGGCGCCUUGACAACGACAUCCCGUCGGCGCGCUUCCUUACCGAAGAAGAGAAGCUCCAAGCGAUGGAACGUCUACGAGCAAACCAGACGGGCGCGGGAUCACGCGAAUUCAAACUCGGCCACGUCUACGAAGCUGUCCUCGAGCCCAAAACCUACCUCUGGAUCAGCAUGGCCCUUCUCCUGAACAUCGGUGCCUCCGUGUCGAACGUCUUCGGGCCGUUAAUCCUCCAAGGUCUCGGCUACGACACAUACACCACCACGCUGCUGAACAUGCCCUUCGGCGCCGUGCAAGUCAUCGUCAUCCUACUGGCUAGCUACCUCGCCCAAAAGGCGCGUCUAAAGGGCAUCAUCCUGGCGGCGCUAAUGCUCCCCGUCGUGGCGGGCCUAGCCAUCCUAUAUGCCGUGCCACGGAACAGCUCCAACAACGGUGCCCUCAUGGCAGGAUACUACCUCAUUGCCUUCAUAUUCGGCGGGAACCCGCUGAUCGUCAGCUGGAUCGUCGCAAACACUGCUGGCACGACGAAGAAAUCCGCUAACAUGUCAUUAUACAAUGCUGCCGUAUCGGCCGGGAACAUCAUCGGUCCUCUUCUCUUCAACGAGAAAGACGCACCAGCAUACAAGCCCGGGUUACGGGCAUGCGUGGGGAUAUUCGUCGCCUUGAUCGCAGUAUUGCUCCUCCAGUGGGUCGAUCUAUGGGUACUGAACAAGAUGCAAGAGAAGCGGCGCGUACGGAACGGCAAGCCAGCCAAGGUAGUGGAUGUAUCGAUGCAAAGCGAUCGGAUGAUGGCGAUCGAGCAGACGCUGGAAGCAAACGGCGAGGAGGGACACGUAGGGGCAAAUGGACUAUUGGACUUGACGGAUGGGAAGAAUGAGGAUUUUGUUUACGUCUACUAAACGAUGUUCACGAGUCAUGA